CUCCGCCCCUCCCUCCUCCUCGGACUGGACCAGAGAAGCCACUGUGGCCACUGGGGGGACCACUGCACCCCCAGCUCUCGCCGGCCACCUCCAGGAGUCCACGGGGCGGCCGAGGUCCCCACCAAGCCUGGCGGGACCAGGAUGCUGCCCCCUUGCCUCCCCCCCGGCCCCACCCAACACCCCCACCUGCUCCCACGCCCAGUCUGACCGGAGACCACCCGAUGCGGGCUGACCCCGGGCCCGAGGUGGGCAGCGGCUGGCCGGGCCUCCUCAUGUCCUGCCUGAAGGGCCCCCAUGUCAUCCUCAAGAUGGAGGCCGUGAAGAUCGUCCACCCUGAGAAGUUCCCCGAGCUGCAGGCGGCCGCCCCCUGCUUCCCAGCCGCACCCCGGCCCGCCCCUACUUUGGCACCCAAGCGUGCCUGGCCCGCAGACACGGAGGUCAUCGCCAACCAGGCCUGUGGGGGUGGCGUGCCAGCCCCGGAGGGGGCGCCUCGCACCCCGCCCCUGCCGCGCAGGCCCCGCAAGGGCAGCACCGAGCUGGGCUUCCCCCGCGUGGCGCCCGCGGACGAGGUCAUCGUGAACCAGUACGUGAUGCGGCCAGGCCCGCCGUCCGCGGGGGCUCCCCCGGUGGCGCCAGCCGCGGGCGAGCCCCUGGAGUGCCCCACCUGUGGGCACACGUACAACGCCACGCAGCGGCGGCCGCGCGUGCUGUCCUGCCUGCACUCGGUGUGCGAGCAGUGCCUGCAGAUCCUCUACGAGUCCUGCCCCAAGUACAAGUUCAUCUCCUGCCCCACCUGCCGCCGCGAGACCGUGCUCUUCACCGACUACGGCCUGGCCGCGCUGGCCGUCAACACAUCCCUGCUGAGCCGCCUGCCCCCCGAGGCUCUGACCGCCCCGUCGGGCGGCCAGUGGGGGGGCGAACCCGAGGGCAGCUGCUACCAGACCUUCCGGCAGUACUGCGGGGCCGCCUGCACCUGCCAGGCCCGCAACCCGCUGUCCGCCUGCUCCAUCAUGUAG